GCACAUUUGGGGACCGCGGUCGGGAAGCGUGGUCACCGCCGCCGGCGUGGCCUUGGGGGGCGCAGACGCCGAGGAUGGGGCCGCCGUCGCCGCAGGGGCCUCAAGCCCGUCGAGAAGGCGGUCCAGGACGCCGCCGACCGCGUUGAAGAAGCCGCCGAAGAUAUUCAAGACGCCACGGAGGAAGCGAUCGAGGAGGGCAUCGACGUGGUGACGGAAGAGCUGCCGGAUGCGAUCGAGGACGCGGUGAACGACGUGGGAGUGGCGUUGCCGGAGUUGGUGGACACCGUGGUCGACGACGUGAUAGAAGCCGCGGAGGGUGCGGUAGCGGUUGUGGCCGAUGCUGCGCGGGAUGGGGUUCGCCAGGGCUCCAAGCUGGCGAACGAGGUGACCCGGACCAUUGUGAACACCGUGGAAAGGCUGGGUGAUUUGGCUGAGGCCUGGGGCGUCAUGGCUUUGGGCUACUUGGAGGACGCCUGGGCCGCGAUUGCGGACUUCUUGGCCUGUCUCGAGCAGGUGUUCGAUCUUACAUGCAGACUCCUCCUGUCCAACAACUGCGACUGCGACAGCACCCCCAAGAGCGACAUCAGCGUGUCCGGGAGCAACCUGAGGGUCGUCUGCGUGGUGAAAGGGGACCUGAUGGCCGACUUCGGCUGGGAAGCCUCGGCCUCCGCCAGCUUCGAGCCCUCCUCGCGGGCCAGCGGUGGCAAGGUCCAGAUCCCAGGCCAGGAGACCAACUCGACUCACCGUCGUCGAACUCUGGCCCGGAGUGGAGGCACAUCGCUCCGGAGUCAGGAGGUGCAACGUAAUUCUGGCCCAACUUCACCAGGAAGGGGCAGGUCUGCCUCCGGCUCCGGCUCUGGCGGCACAACGGACUUCGAGGACUCGUGCGAGGGUCGCACCGGUCUCGCCCUGAACGGAGAGAUUGGCAUCCGCAGCAUCAUCGUCGAAGGCAAUGUGGACAUGUUGUCGGGAGAGACCACGGUGGACGUGUCAGUGGAAACGGGCCUGGUGCUGGAGGCAUUGCUCGAAGGCCAGGGUGCUUGCUCUUUCACGGCCGCACGGCGCUUCCCCAAAAAGCCCUACGUGAAGACUGUCUGUGGAACCUACGGCUGCCUCAUAGUGAUGGUCCAGGGCAUUGCUGAGGCGGAUGCUUUCGGUUCCCUGACUGGGGCCGUCGCCACGAAGCUGGAGGCAACUUUAAAGAGCGGUGCCAGCUUUUCGGUCGACCCAGUCUCCGGGCAGGUGACCGGCACGGUCAAGGGUGCGGAUUUCAGCCGCAAGGCCACGGGCGACCUGCAGUGUGCGGGCGUUGACGUCGCCUUGUCUGCAGAUGCGAUCGUCCGCUUCGGACUGGGUCCCGAGGUGGUGAUUUGGCUCAUCCCCGGUGUGCCGGUGACCAUCAAGCCCCAGGUGAGCCUCGAGAUCCGUGCCGCUGGAACGAUUACCUACAGCACGCAGACGGGGUCGGGCAGCCUGAUCCAAACCGGGGGCGGCCUCGAGUCUGGGAUCUCCCUGGUCACCAACCACAGCAGUCAGAACGAGGUGGAUGCCUGCGUCGCGGUGGGUCUCAACCUCCUCGCAACUACCGACCUGUCCGCAUUGGGCAUUCCGGACCAGAUCGCUGUCUCCCUGGACACGCAAUUCCUACAGGAUGCCAUCGAAGAAGCCAUCCGAGCCGUGGCAGCGGCCGCCAGCGCAUUCCUCACUUCCGGCCUCGAGUGUUUCAGCUCCGUCGCUGCUGACGCAACUCAGUCGGUCAUCGACGAAGUCACUGAGGUGGCCAUAGAUGCUUGGGACGCGCUCAUUCCGGACCUCAACUUCGACUGGCAGUCGCCCUCCAUCAGCUUCCUCACGCAACAGUAUUGCUGGGAGGUGGCGCAAAGCGCGAAAGGAAGCACGGAUGCCUGCAGACAGCGGAUCUCCUGCUCGGCUCAGGGCGAGUCCUCCGACCCAAGCCCUUCCUACAGCGUGGUCAAUUACGAGAAAGACCAGUCCAAGGUCCUCGCGCCGGAAUCCUACGAGACAAAGGUCUACCAGCCGGACUUCACUGUGCAGAGCGAGUUCUGCGGGUUCGUCAACUACGGCGACCGUGUUGUUCUCUCCUUGAAUCCGGAUAUAUUCGAUUCCACCUGCGGGCAGUAUGGCUGUGCAGUUGGCUAUGUUGACACGUUCGACGACGCAAAGAUGAAGUUUGCAGAGGGUGGAGACGAGCCGGAUGCUUUCUAUGUCUACGGCACAGAGCAGGUGAAGCCCGGUGAGUGCGUAAAGUUCGGCGAUGAAGUCGUCCUAUCCUGGAGCGAAGCCUCUAGUGAGGGCUGCGUUCCGGGGUCGCUCUCGCACUGUGUGGAGUCGGACAAUUGCGAGGUCUUUUCCAACGAGAACAUGAAGGAUGAGAGCCUGACUUUCGCGCAGCGCCGGGCUCUCUGCGCAACGGCUUGCUUCGGUGGCCGGGCGCUGGUUUAG